AUGUCUCAUCAAGGGGCUGCUUUACAAAACUACAAUAAUGAACUUGUAAAAUGUAUGGCAUACAUCUCAAAGUGUAUUAAAUUUCUAGGUUUUGAGGAGCUUUGCAAAAGACGAGAAGAAUUGCAACGUCAGAUUCAACAAGAUGAAAAUGAACGCGCUAAGCUCCAAAGAGAAAUAAAUGUUCUAAGUGAUAAGCUUAACAGGGUUAAUGAAGCGCUUCAGAAGAAACUGGCAACCAGAAAUGAAUAUGAUAGGACUAUUGCAGAGUCAGAAGCAGCUUACAUGAAGAUCCUUGAGAGUUCCCAAACUCUCCUGACUGUUUUAAAACGAGAAGGUCAGAAUAUUGUUCAGAAGGCAACAGCUAAAAAUGUUCCUUUGUAA